AGCGCCAGACCCGCGGGUUUCCAGCCGCGCUGAGGUCACAGGCAGGCGGCCUGGCGUCCGAGCCGAACGCCUGCGCCGAGCGGGGCCGCCGCGGAACCCGGACCGGAGGAGAGCCCGAGUCCCUCAAGCAGGGCGAGCCCGCCGCGCACGGCCCCGCGCCAACCCUGCAGGCCGGCAUGGAGGAGGAAUGCCGGGUGCUCUCCAUCCAGAGCCAUGUCGUCCGCGGCUACGUGGGGAACCGGGCGGCCACGUUCCCGCUGCAGGUUUUGGGGUUUGAGAUCGACGCUGUGAACUCUGUCCAGUUUUCAAACCACACAGGCUACGCACACUGGAAGGGUCAGGUGCUGAACGCAGACGAGCUCCACGAGGUGUACGAAGGUCUGAAGCUGAACAACGUGAAUAAAUAUGACUACGUGCUCACGGGGUACACGAGGGACAAGUCCUUCCUGGCCAUGGUGGUGGACAUCGUGCGGGAGCUGAAGCAGCAGAACUCCCGGCUGGUGUAUGUGUGUGACCCGGUGAUGGGUGACAAGUGGGAAGGCGAAGGCUCCAUGUACGUUCCAGAGGAUCUCCUUCCUGUCUAUAAAGAAAAGGUGGUGCCGGUUGCAGACAUUAUAACUCCCAACCAGUUCGAGGCUGAGUUACUGACUGGCAGGAAGAUCCACAGCCAGGAAGAAGCCUUAGCGGUGAUGGACGUGCUGCACUCGAUGGGCCCCGACACCGUGGUCAUCACCAGCUCCGACCUCUCUUCCCCAAGGGGCAGUGACUACCUGAUUGUGCUGGGAAGCCAGAGGAUCCGGCAUCCUGAUGGCUCCGUGGCAAUAGAGCGCAUCCGCAUGGACAUUCACAAGGUGGACGCCGUCUUUGUGGGCACCGGGGACCUGUUUGCUGCCAUGCUCCUGGCGUGGACACACAAGCACCCCAAUAACCUCAAGGUGGCCUGUGAGAAGACCGUGUCAGCCAUGCACCACGUUCUGCAGCGGACCAUCAAGUGUGCGAAAGCCCAGGCCGGGGAAGGACAGAAGCCCAGCCCGGCGCUGCUGGAGCUGAGGAUGGUCCAGAGCAAAAGGGACAUCGAGAACCCAGAGAUUGUCGUCCAGGCCACGGUGCUGUGAGGGCUGCUGCGCCCACCUGCUCACGCAGCGCCGGUGUCUCCGUCGUCAUCCCUGUGAAAAACGUAACGUCUGCCUUAGAGCUGUGACCGAAACUUGGUAUUUUUUUCCUUUUGUGAGUGUCCAGCAUCCACUGGUCUUAAUUGUGAAAAUGUGCCAGUCGUGCUUUUUAAAAAUAACACAGUGAUCGCAGAAAUAUGUGACUUGGAGACCCAGCCCCCCUUCCCCACGAAGGCUCCUGGGCCUCCCUGAAAACCAGCUCUGUGGUCACCCCCUGGGGGGCGUCCUCCCCAGCUGGGGGCAGGGGGCAUGGUGGGAGGGGCUGCUGCCCCAGAGGGUCGGGUGGGCUCCCACCAUGAGGUGCCCCCUGUGGCAGGGCCGGGCCGUGGCUGUGUCUGUGUGUCUCUGAGGACGGGUUUCGCCAAGUACCUUUCUUGUCGUUCUGACCGCUCCCUCUUGGCUCCUGCCUCAGGAGUUUGUUUGUGACGUUGCUGCUCGGUCGGUCCCUGGGCACUUCCAACGUCCGCUCUGUUUGAUCAUAUGGACAGGUCAGUGCCCGUGGCCAGACACACACAGGUGUGCACAGUCACUUUGGCGGGGACCUUCCAAGACCCCGAAAAUGCAAGUCCACAGAUCUCACCAGUAUCAGCGGGACCGCCCUUUAACCCACAGUGUCUUUAGGGACCAGCUGCACGAGGCGCAGAGAUGCCAGGAAAGGGAAGGCUGGUGCGGGGCUGAGGGGGCGGGGCGAUGCCACAUUGGCUCCUUUGGGAAAACUCACCGAAUUGGUGACACAACAGCGUAAGCACCGCGUGUGUGCCACCGGCUGCUGGUGACGAGGGUCCGCGCCAGGGAGUGAGCGUGCAGACAGGUGCGGGGGGCAGAGCUGGCUCCUGCUCCACAGCUGACACGUUUCAGCCCCAGGCCCUGCCACCAGUCCAGUUGUCCACUGCCAGCGAGACCUCCUUGGCUCCACUUGUCCAGAGUUUUGGGGUACCUUAGGCUUGGCUACAGGCAGGGGUGCCCAUCUUGAAGACUCAGCCUGCCUGGAUCUCUGCCCCCUGCCCUCUAGUCUGGGAGCCCACAGCCUGGAGGGGAGACAGGACAUGGGGCCCACGUGGCUCCUGGGAAAGCAAACUCUCCGAGGCCAGCCCUUGUGCCCUUGGUUCCGUGCCCACAGGUAGGGCCCACACAGCUCCUCAGUAGCACAUUCUCUGUUUGUAGAAAAUGCCUGAAAAGGAAGAGGGGCCCCUCUCCAUUGAGCUCCCGGCACCAUGGCACGGUCUUUCUUCCCCACUGUACCUCUGAAUGUCUAACUCUCACGCUGUCGUGCUGGCGGUGGCCUGUGCACAGGGUCAGGGCGCUGUGUCCCUGGUUCCUGGUUCCAAGCACCAGGCUCCUCUGAGCCCCGCGGAGGAGCCCGGCCUCCUGGUCCCUGCAGGGCCCGAAGGACCAGGAGGAGGAAGGAGGGCCCGCAGCCUGGCGGGGGGCAGCCUCCCCAACAGGGUGCUCACAGGGACCAGCCACGUCACCCGGGGCCCUGGGUGCGUGUAGCACAUUUAAUGGAAAAUACUGCCACUGCCAAGUAGAGCUGGGGAGAGGGCCAACGAGAAGUUUUUUUAUUUCAAUAUUGAGAGCCAGUAUAGGGCUGGACAAGGAACCAGGCGUGUCUGUCCUCCAGGAGGUGGUGAAACCCACCGGGAAGGCACGGUGUGGGUGCCGGGCUAUUCCCUGAGCACCGCGAACGUGAAGGGAAGCUCACGCUCCGCAAACGCUGUUCGGUCCUUGGCUCCUGGUUUUAUUUCAGAGGCCUGGCCCCACGCUAGGUCUCGCUCUCUUACUCCCCUGCGUUCUACAGAGCAUGAUGGGGUUUAUUUCUCCUUGAAGCUUCUGUGGAACCAUGGACUCAGGUGCCACCUGAGGCUUUCUCUUCCCUGCGCUUCAGCUGGAAGGCCCUGACCCCGAGCAGGCAGGGAGCCCCGACCACGAGGAGACGGAGACGGGCUGAGCUCUCUCUGCUGAGAGAAGGAACUGGGGGACCCCGAGAGCCUCUGCGGAGUGUGGGCUCCUGUGGAAACGUGAGCUCUCGUGGGAGGCCGAGCCCCACAUUCCCAGGCCCGUGUUGCCGCGCCUGUGCUGUCUGGGCUCGUCUCCACACGCACACGCUCCAUGGCGCGCCAACAGCAGAAUUUCCCAACCUUGGUUCCUGACAGUAGUUUUUUGAUACAAGUUGGGUCCAAAUUAGAACUGAUCUUUGUUCUUACCUUACAUAGCUUAGCAACAUGCACCAGGAUGGUAAUUUAUGUUAACGUGGAAGAUGGUUGUCGGAGUGCAGGUUUCAAGACUUUCCGGUGUUUCAAACCCUCUCCUGUAGACCUUAAAGAUGAAUUCCAAACGAUGAUUCCCUUUUCGAAUCAGUCUUCAGUCAUUGCCAAGUCCUGCUGAGGUGACUGUGUUAGUCUGUGUUACUUUUGCAAUAUACGUCCGUGAUUGUAAAACGAUGCUUUGUUUGUCGUCCUCUUCUUACACUUGUUAGAACCAAUUUUUAAAAUGUUUAAUUUUCCAAUGGCCUGUGCCUGGCCUGGCCCACCUGCUCUGCGUAAGAGGAGGGUGUUGUAGUGUUGAGCCCAGGCCAGAGGGUGGGGCAGGCGGGGAUUACGGGAUGUCCAGGGACCACUCUUGUCCCUGCUUGAACCUCAUGUUCACUCCUCCGGUGACAUGUGCACAAGAGGAGGGAAGCCUGUUCUAACCACUGGACCGCCACUGCACGCCGCCCUCUCCUUGUCCUUCUGCCCUUGGAUGGGAUCACCUACCUGCCUAGGGCGUCAGGUCCACACCUGUGUGAGUCAGGGACACCAUGUGACUGUACUGUACUCGGGAGCAUAGCCAGGAAGCCCUGUCUUCCUUCUCUGCCGCCCACCUAUCCUUCACCCACCUCUCCCCCUGGGCCCCGCCGCCAGUCCCUACCUGGGCUAGAAGGAGGGGAGGGGAGUUGGUGACUGAGCAGAUGGGGACACUGUGAGUGUGGUCUGGCUCUCUGAGUCUGGGUGGGAGCCAGGUGGCCCUGGACUCAAUUUUGCCCACCAGCAGAGCAGUGGGAUGGAGCCCACCUGUUUUUAUGCCACAUUGGGGUUCCCUUCUCAUCAUCCUCUGAGGCUCUGUGUUAGGGCUCCCUGGAGAGCCAGCUCCUGUGUCCCCGGAGGCAGCGUGUCAGGUGUCCAAGCUGAGUGGCCCCUCAGAAGGACCCCAAGCCCUGGAGAGGGUGGCUCUGGGAGGCCAGGCCCAUUGCCCGAAGCCAGGGAAGCCGUAAACUGUGGCCCAGUUGGUCUGGAUGGACGUCAUUUCCCCAGGAGACCUCCUCCUGCCUGCAGUUCCCCCCCUGAGCAGUGGCCGAGGGCCGGCACAUGUGCGCCUUGGCCUGUGGCAGCGUUGGUGUGUGUGCGGCCGGCCGCUUUGUGACAGGUGCAGAAUCCGGUAGCCGGCAGGUGUGUCGGUGAGAAGAACAUCAUGAGAGCCUGUGUUUUUACAGAGACCCCUGUCCUGUGAUGGGAGGCGUAGAUUCUGGUUUCAGAAUCCAGCCACGCACUUCCAGUCUCUGCCAGCAGGGGGACACAGCGAGGGCAGAUGGGCUGGGCGGGGUCUUGGCCCACCUUGGUAGAUGGCAAACAUCAGCCCCGCUUCUGGGGAAUGUUCCUUCGGUGUAUGAAUCUCUGUCCGGUGACGGGAACCAGGCUUUGCGUUCUGUGGUGAUGCACGGGAGGGCGGCCCUGUGUGUGUCCCAUCCCCCACUGUGCUCAGCGGCUCCUCCCAGCACCACCCAGCACCCAGUCUGGAAGGCCCCACCCGGGGUGCUCGUAGCGCAUGUGUCUUCUUGUGGACGUCUGCACUUGAUUCUCGGUGCAAAGUGUUUUCUCUAAAUGAUUAAAAAACAAUGUCUUGCCAACCACAUUCCUGCCUUUCAUUCGAGAUUUGAGCUCAUCACACAAUGUGUUCGUUCUGUUUGUAAGACAGAGCUCUGUGAAUACUGUUAGGUCUGACCUGGGGGAUAUUUUAAAGCUCUGUUAGUGGGGGGCUCUUCCUAGAAUUUUCUUUUUAAAUGCUGGCAGAGUAAACAGGUCUUUUAAAAGCGUUUUCGCUGUCCAAGCCAAGCGGAGCCUGUACUACAGCCAGACUUCCUGCCCACCUCCAACCCCGCUUCAGAGGGGGCUCCCCUCCGCCCCAGCCCACCACCACGAUGGGCAAGUUCUCAUCUUCCUGUGACAGGAAGCCCAUUCUGCAGGAGGCUCCUUUCCGAGGCUGUGGGGCGCUCGCUGUGGCUGGGACAUCGUGGCCUGCAGGUCAGCGCUGGAGAGCGAGGACCAGCCCUUCCCCAUGGCACCACCCGAGCCCGCACUGCAACCCCUGUCCUGGUGAUGGGAGGUGUAGAUGCUACUAUUCAGGGAACUGGAAAGGAAUUCCCGGUCUCCAUGUAGACCGGGUGGUGUUUUGAAUGUUUUAACCUUAUAGCUGUGCACCUGCUAAUGUAGAGUUGUAGUUGGCAUUUCAAUCAAUUGCAAAACUGGCCCAGCAGGACAGAGCUACUGACUGGGAGCCCAGCCGAAGCUGCCCUAGGCCUUCCAGGAAAGGAGCUGGGAUCUGGAGGCUUCUCAGGGGGGGUGUCAGCCUGGGAACAAAGCUGUGAGGGGACGAUCUCUGUGAGAUUCAGACAAUGGUUGCAUUGGCCCCGCGGUGACCAGCCCUGCCCACUGUGAGUGGGAACGUGUUUGUAAAUGUAAAACGCAGCUCACCAUUGUAGAGGCCUGUCUGUGUGCUGCUCCUGUUGACUUAUGAUUCUCCACAAAUAAAUAUUUUCAUGGCAA